AGAAUUUAUCAACAAGCAAAAUUAGUUCUAACAGAAGACAAGGGCUCAAGACAGGAGUGUGAUGGAAUACUGUCUACGGCCUGGAUAAGUGGACUCACGAAGCACAACACCACGCUGGGUUUAGCAGCACACUUGAUCAGCACCCUAUCCAUAGUGUGGGUUUUCUCCGGAUGCUCUGGUGUCCUCCCACAGUACAAUGACGUGCUAAUUGUUAAAACUGAAAGCUCAGGAGAAAGAAAUAAGAUUUCAUGUGUGAAGCAAAGAGAAGACAUGAGAGAAAACCAGACCCAAUGUCUGCUAUUGCAUCACUCCCGUAUUUUCAUGGAAACAUCAGCAAAAAGGAAUGUGAAACUUUACUUGGAGCAAAUGCGACUGAUGGAAGUUACUUAGUGCGGCAGAGUGAAACAAUCCCUGAUACUUUAUGCCUCAGUGUCUUCUUUAGUAAAAUUGUAUAUACAUACCGUAUUUUCAAAGAUCGUCAUGGACAAUUUAUGAUUCAGGCUGGAUUUGGAAUUAAAGAAAAGUUCUUCAAACACCUGCCAGAUUUAAUUGAUUACUAUAAAAAACCUCACAAAGGUCUAGUGACACAUUUGCGUUACCCUCUGCAAAGAAAUAAAGUUAUGACAGAGGAUGGAGAAUGCUCAAAGACUGUCUAUGAGGAAGUUGAAGAUGCAGAUUAUGUGGAAGUCCUUCCUUAAUAAAAAUAACAAAAAAGAGGCACCACUGACUUUUCAAAAUCCCCAAAAUCCACUGGCAAGGCAAGUUCAUUGAUGACCUUCCUAUGGGCAACACCCCCAAAAGUUAAGCUCUGUUCAUGUUCAUUCAGCUCCAAAUGGGUUGCUUGCAUGCUCAACACCGGACUCCUAAAAUAUGGCUCUAUCGUGAGAAGGAAAAGAAAUGAUUUAGGGAUAAUCUCAAAGCCUCCUUGAAAAAUGUUGCAUUACCACAAGCUCACUGGAACCACGCGUCUCUGACUGCUCAAAAUGGAGAGAGGCAUUUGGGGUGACCUUAUGUCUGAUUGUUUGCAACACGUAGAAGGUCAGCCUAACUGCAAACGAUGUGAUCCACCUCCCAUACAACCAUUUAAAUGCCACAUCAAAUACUUAUUGCUUCAAAAGCAGCAGAGUCUGUGGGACCAAUGACAGCCUCAUCAACCAUCACAAGACUCAUGGAAUUGGAGUGGAAACAUGUUGAUGUCAAUACCAUGGCACAGAUUAAGGUGAAUAAAUUAGUGCUAUGUAAGGCCUAGAAAUUAUUCUGUCAUCUGUCACAUUUUCACACAGUAUCUAAAGUACACUUGCUAAAAUACAUUCCACUGCUGGGGAAACUGAAAGUGAUGCUCUUCAAGAAUAUAUUAAUCUUCAAACUUGGAAUCAGAAUCAGGUUUAUUAUCACUGGCAUGUCACGAAAUUUGUUGAUUUGUGUGUGGGAGCAACACAGUGCAAUGCAUAAAAGAUAGUGUACAUUAUAAUAAGGAAUAUGUGCAGGUUGGUUGUCCACCAUAUCCAACCGUGACAGGAGAACCGAGAGGGAGAGUUUUUACAGCGGAAAAGCAGUUUCACUGGAGCAGUUCCACUCCUUCGACCUCAGAGGUCCAGAUCCAGUGGUAUGAGUAGUUGUCUCAAACUGGGGACAGUAGAUGACCAUGACUACUUCUGUGCUCUUUGUUCUCCAUGAAGCAUUGCAGAACCAUCUUCCUGGCUGCUGGAUCUCAUCCACCCAGUCUGCUGGAACUGACUUCACAUGCUAGGACAGGCAACGUCAGUAUCUCACUGGGGUAUGAGGCCUGCUGGCUACCCUCACCUGGUUUAGCCUGCCUAUCAAAGUGGUGUACCAGGGUGUGGCCGCUGCCACAUGCAAGCAGCUACUGGGAGCCACAUGGGAGAGCUAAGUGUCUGGUGGGGACCAAGGGUGAGUGAGCUGCCCCAGAAUGGACAGAACAAGCCCAAAUGCCCCAAGAAAUCUGUAACGUAAGUAAGUACUGCAAAAAGAGAGCAAAAUAGGGAAGUAGUCUUCAUGGACCUUUCAGAAAUUUGAUGGUGGAGGGUAAGAAGCUGUCCUUAAAAUGUUGGGCAUCUUCAGGCUCCUGUAGCUCCUCCCCAAAGGUUAUAAUGAGAAGUGGGCAUGUCCUGGAUGAUGAGGUUCCCAAUGACAGACCCACCUCCUUGAGGCAGCACCUUUUGAAGAUGUCUACGAUGGUGGGGAAUCUAGUGCCUGUGACAGAGCUGGCUGAGACGCCAUCUUCCUGCAGCCUUUUUCAAUCCUGCUCAUUGGAAUCUUCAUGCCAGGCAGUGAUGUGAACAGUCAGAAUGCUCUCCAUGCUACUCAUGAUGUAGCUCAUCUAAACUGGCCUUCCUUUGCUCAGCACUGAUUUGUUCCCCGCCUCCUCAAACCUCUCCCCAAACCCUUCCAAUCUUUUUCCUAUCUACUUAUUUUCCUCAUCCUCUUAUUUCUAUCUUACCUCAACCUCCUCCAUGAGUUUCUUUCAGCAUGCCUUUAAGCCCCUCCCAAUUUAUCUCUCAAUAAUAUUUUACCCCAGUAAAAAAUUCUAACCCUUACAAAAAUUGUCCUCAAACUCCCCAGUUUUCUUCCCAUCUCCAAAUAUUCCCUGCCCUGCCUUUGCCUUUAUGUGGAUGGUGAAGAGAGACAAUCUCUUCCCAUCCCUCUAUUAACAUGGGAGGAUAUUGGAAAAAACGCCUUUUGUGAAUAUCUAAGAGUGUUUCUACCACAUAUAAAUGUUUUGGUCAUCAUAUUUGGAAGUACAUAUUGAGGUUUCACACAAAAUUCAUUCAAGUUCCCUUAUCCGGUGACUUCUCAAGGUACAUGAUAUAGAAUUUAAAGGGCUUUGGCUGUUAGUUUGGAUUGAAUAAGAAUGAUUCACAUACAGUAACUCACAACAUUCUAGCUUUUCACCUUUUUCAGUAGAUAAGUUACAUUUGUUGUAAAUAAGUUUAAAUGUUUUUAUCAAUCUUCUUUCAAAUUUUGUCUGAAUUAAAAAAUGCUUAAAGAAAGCAAUCUUAUCUCUGCAAACUACUGGUUUCAGGUGUUGAUGAGUUUCAUAUAAAUUAUUUUGGA